GGUUGAACCGGUUGUUUGCUUGCUCGGUUGGUUCGAGGUUCGCCAGUUUCAGUGUUUGGGGGUGGAGCAGGGGCUUGUGGGAAGGUGCCAGUGUCUUAAUGUCAUUUGUUUUCAAUUUGUGAGCAGUACUUUGAAUGCUCUUGGAGGAAGUAGCUAUCAGCGAUUGGGUUCUGGAUUGGUUUGGACAACUUUCCUUGUUGAGAAAGAAGGAGUGGCCGCCUCGGGGAGCGUGAAAAGAGAAAAUGAGCUUGGAUGAGACGGUGGAAGUGGUUAUACCACUGGUGAAAACCAUCACCAGCUUAUCGUUUCGGAAUCUCAACUACACCGUCAGUCAGAAGGAGAACAAAAAACAGCUGCUGAAGAACAUCUCCGGAACGUUCCGUUCUGGACGAUUGACUGCCAUUAUGGGCCCUUCGGGGGCUGGCAAGUCGUCACUGAUGAAUGCAUUGAGUGGAUUCAAAACCAAAGGCGUAACGGGUCGCAUUCUAAUCAACAACGAAAUGACCGAACGGCAAAAAUACCGUCAACUAGUUGCUUACAACACCCAGGAAGUCCCACUGCUCCAGAAUAUCACUGUUCAGGAAACGCUCCACUUUGCAGCGGACCUCAAACUGUCAUCGAACGUCACCCGGAUACACAAAACCAAAAUAAUAAACGACAUUAUAGCCUUGCUGGGAUUGGAAAAGUGUGCCCACAGUCAGGCUAGAGUGCUUUCCGGUGGUGAACGGAAGCGCCUCUCGAUCGGUUUGGAGCUGGUAUCCAAUCCGAAGAUUAUGUUCUUCGACGAACCCACCAGUGGACUGGACAGUGAGUCUUCGUACCAGGUGAUUUCCUACAUGAAAGAUCUGGCCCGGCAGGGUCGGUGUGUGGUCAGUGUGAUUCAUCAACCGAGCUCGGAACUGUUGGAGCUGUUCGACGACAUCUAUGUGGUCGCGGAUGGCCGGUGCAUGUAUCAGGGUGCUUUGGAUGAUAUGAUUGCGACGUUGGCGGGAGCUGGUUUCGUGUGUCCUCAGUAUUAUAAUCGAGCGGAUUUCGCUAUGAAAGUGGCAUGCACGGUGAACACUGACCCGGAUAAAGUCAACCUUCUCAUGAAACAGAUGCAAUCCACCAGUAGCGACCAAAUGAAUGGGUUUCACGACGAACAAAGCAUCGACGGUGACGGCCAGCUACUGAACGAAAGCCGGGGAGGUUCGAGUCCUCAAUAUCCGAUAUCGCAGUUCCGGCAGUUUCUGAUUCUGACCCGACGAACGGCUCUGGGCACGUUCCGCAAUCUCACGCUGACGCGGUUGCGGUUUAUCGGACACUUGCUGUUCGGGUUGAUUGUCGGCUCCGUGUUCUACAACGUGGGCGAUGAUGGGGCAAAGGUGCUGGCCAACAUUAGCUGUCUGAUUAUGAUUCUGAUGUUCAUAGUGUUUUCCAAUUCGAUGACUGUGGUGCUUACCUUCCCGUUGGAAAUGGCGGUAUUUGUGCGGGAGCACAAAAGCAACUGCUACUCGGUGGCGGCGUACUUCUUCUCGAAGGUAGUGGCCGAUUUCCCGCUGAUGUUGGCUGGCGUGACCUGUUGCCAGAUAAUAGCGUACUACCUAACGGGGCAGCUGAACGAAACCGAAAGGAUAGUGAUGUUCUGGGGUAUUUGCUGUCUGAUGGGAUGGACGGCGCAGAUGUACGGGAUGGUGGCCGGCUGUAUCUGUCCGGUGGAAGUUAGCCCGUUUGUGGUGCCUAGUUCGAUAGUUCCAAUGGUCUUAUUUUCCGGGUUCUUCAUCCGAUAUGGUGAGCUGCUGGACGUGUUUAAACCGCUGACAUACGUAUCACACUUCCGGUAUGGAUUCGAAGGGCUGGCGUUGGCUACGUAUGGGUUCAAUCGGACGGAGCUCGGGUGCGAGGAGAUGUUCUGCUACUAUAGGAAGAGCAAGAAGGUGCUGGAGCUGUUGGAGAUUGAAAACAGCAACUAUUGGUUUGACGUUGCAGGGCUGGGCGUUUGGAUAGCGGUGUUGCAUGUUAUGCUGUAUGUAAGCUUACGAUUGAGAUUAAGGUGGAACCAAUAGUUUGUUGGGAAAAGUCAUGGAAGUGCAUUUAAGAUCUGUAAUUUACUAGUUAAAUUUGAACCAACCCGAGAUUAGAAUAAUGGAAUCUGUUACUAACGUUACCUCAAAGUUUACAGUGGUUAAGCACUUUGUUUUAAGUGAGCACAAACUGCCUUGUACUUUACACCGACUAACCAUUUAUGUGUUAAAAAAUAAGCAUAAGAGCAGAUGAGA